CCCGUCCGGGCGCUCGGUCGCAGUUUUCAUCGACAAGCUCCUUAUCCAGCCUCUCGCCGGCUCAGUCUUUCCCACUUCAAUAGCCCGAAACUCUCCCCUGGGACGCGCCUGGGAGAGAAGAUGAAUUUGGCCGAGAUCUGCGACAAUGCGAAGAAAGGAAGGGAAUACGCACUUCUCGGCAACUACGACUCCUCCAUGGUUUACUAUCAGGGGGUGAUCCAGCAGAUUCAGCGUCACUGCCUGUCGAUCCGGGACCCGGCCGUUAAAGGCAAAUGGCAGCAGGUUCGGCAGGAAUUAUUGGAAGAAUACGAGCAAGUGAAGAGUAUCGUGGGCACCCUGGAGAGUUUCAAGGUGGACAAGCCGCCGGAUUUCCCUGUGGCCUACCAAGAUGAACCUUUCAGGGAUCCGGCAGUCUGGCCUCCCCCAGUCCCUGCCGAACACAGGGCUCCACCCCAGAUAAGACGGCCCAACCGAGAAGUGAAACCUCUGAGGAGAGAAAUGCAAGGAGGAGGGCCCCGGGGACCUGUAGGGAGAGCACACCCCAUCGCAAAGAGUGAAAAACCCGCCACCAGUAGAGCCAGAGGGAGAGAGGAAAAGGGAAGGAAGAAUAUGCAGGAUGGUGCCGGGGACGGAGAAGUUCAAAGGUUUGAUGGCGCCGGAUACGAUAAAGACCUGGUCGAAGCGCUGGAAAGGGACAUAGUAUCCAGAAACCCCAGCAUUCACUGGGACGACAUAGCGGAUUUGGAAGAAGCCAAGAAGUUGCUGAGAGAAGCUGUUGUCCUUCCGAUGUGGAUGCCUGACUUUUUCAAAGGAAUUAGAAGGCCGUGGAAGGGCGUGCUGAUGGUCGGCCCGCCGGGCACCGGCAAGACUAUGCUGGCGAAAGCCGUAGCCACCGAAUGCGGCACGACCUUCUUCAACGUUUCCUCCUCCACGCUGACGUCUAAAUACCGAGGCGAGUCGGAGAAGCUGGUCCGCUUGUUGUUUGAAAUGGCCCGGUUUUACGCACCCACAACCAUCUUCAUCGACGAGAUCGAUUCCAUCUGCGGCCGUCGGGGCACCUCCGACGAGCACGAGGCCAGCCGCCGGGUCAAGUCGGAGCUGCUCGUUCAGAUGGACGGAGUCGGCGGGGCCCUAGAAAACGACGACCCUUCCAAAAUGGUCAUGGUGCUAGCCGCCACCAACUUCCCCUGGGACAUCGACGAGGCCCUACGGAGAAGAUUGGAGAAGAGGAUUUAUAUUCCUCUGCCAACAGCGAAAGGCAGGGCAGAGCUCCUCAAGAUCAACCUUCGUGAAGUUGAAUUGGACCCCGAUAUUCACCUAGAGGAUAUAGCAGACCGGAUCGAAGGUUACUCUGGAGCGGACAUAACCAACGUUUGCAGGGAUGCCUCUUUAAUGGCCAUGAGGCGACGCAUUCACGGGCUCUCCCCAGAAGAAAUCCGCGCACUGUCGAAAGAGGAGCUCCAGAUGCCCGUUACCACGGGGGAUUUUGAAUUGGCCCUUAAGAAAAUCUCCAAGUCUGUUUCCGCCGCAGACCUGGAGAAGUACGAAAAGUGGAUGGUUGAGUUCGGGUCUGCGUAACCUCAGUCGAGGAGCACGCCGUCCUCUUCUAGAAUUUCCCAUUCUUUUUUUUUCCCCUUCUUAGACGGAAAAGGAAUGACAAGAAAUCCCUUUACCCCUUUCUUUUCAUUUAAAGGGAAAGAUGACAAAUAACGAGGAACAUAGGAUGUAGUGAAAAAGCCCACGGAAGCCGCACGUACGCAAUUGAAUUUACCCUUCCAGUGGAACGUCUUGUUUUUACUCUUUCAUCUUUCUAAUUCUAAACCAGCUUGUAAAGGAGAGUAACUGGCUGGAAGAAUCUAGUUGGGAAAUAGCAUGAGAUAGGUCACCGUUUUGGAAACCCGCCGUUCUGUAGUGUGAAUGCCCAAUUUACAAGGAGCUGUAUUUCAAAUCCACCCUCUCCCACUGCUCAUUUCUUUAUUACAAGACUCAUCUCUUCUCAGGCGGCUCUCAAGAUGAGAAGCGGAUCUGUGUUGAGACCUGAACCGUCCGUGAUUUUGUGGCCCGUAAGAAUUCUGAAUGGAAGAACAGACUCCCCCGCAUCCCCGCAUGCCUGCAGCAUUCCCGGCAUUUUGCUCUUCUCCCGGCUUCUUUCCGGACCUCUCGGCCACAGGGGUUGUCGGGUGAUUUCUCUUUAACCUCUCUGUAAGGCAGCGACGUCCCCAUCUCCCGGACUUAUCCGGAAAUGGCAACUUCUCCCCACUCCCGGUGGAACUAUCAAGCCACAUUCUGUUUGCCUAUACAGAGCGCUGCUGAGCAGUAAUUCUUGAGUUUGACCUGCUAAGAUACGAGGGAGAUUGUGGAUUCCUUAAAGAUGUGAAUCGCAAACAUGCCUCCUGGAAUUGGUCAGGUCUUUCCAACCCCACUUUCAGCCUGGCUGCUGUGAGACCUCCCUGGACAUCUAAACGACUCUCUCCCAAUUUCAAGCGUCUUCCAUGCAGCUUAUGGUUUCAUCGAAAAUAGUCGAGACUUGGGGGCCAGUUUGAUCAUAGAGUUGGAAAAUUCCAGUCCUGAGCAUUCGUUGGAUUUUUCUCCGGUGUUUUGGGGCUUGUAGAGAUUCCCCUGCUCCUGGAGAGUUUGCACGUCCAGUCGGAUCUCUGAUAGAGCUGGGUGCCGCCAUCGAGGGGACCGGACGUCCGUCUCUGAGUCGGGGGAGAGGUGGUGAGACAGUUUAGCUGGUCUGCAGAAAGGUUCCACCAAGAUGUAAAAUCAAAUACCGGAUCGCCCGUAAAUUCCACGGGGCAGUAAAAGCUUCCAUAUCCAGUUGUUGUUCUCAGUUAAGUGCCCCGAGAUUGCCCGAUAAUUUUGGGAGGAACGUUCGUGUUUAAAGCACAGAGCAACUUCAAAAGGCACUUUCAGAAACCCUGCUUUGCAGAGGUUCUUUCGGGGGGGUUUUCCCCAUGAAAAAAAAUAAGGUUUGUUCUUCCCAAACAUUCUUAGCUAACAGUCUCGCAGCUGUUCGAGGUUUGUGGAAUUUCUAUCGUUUUCUUUCUUGCCUUGUCCCCAUUCAAAACCCUCUGAAUGAUCCCCUCCUUCUUAGAGGAAGCCCAGAGGUGGCAUAAGUUAAAAUUUGAAGGCGCCAAGUCCCUGGGAAACAUCAGAGCUGUAGUAACUCCUGGGAGAGGUGGGAAGAGUUGAGGGGGAUAUCCCAGAUUCUUGGGUCAGGAGGAGGACUGGGAGAAAGAAAGGAAUUGGAGAAAGGGGAGCAGUAGGGGAAGAGGGACCAGUGGGGCAGUGGUUACCAUCUCAUCCUCCCCACCCCUUCCAAACCUCAAGAAGCCAGAGAGCCCACCACGGGGUUUUUCCCCAUCCAAGAAAUGCCAGGCAGGGACGAAAGACAAUUCAAUCUUAUCGCAACUCGGUCCGUGAUGGAGUUUGGUUUAGCUAAGGACUGAAAAAUGAGAGUUGUCUUCCGUAAAACCGAUCUGGGGAAUAGCGACAUCUUUCGCCUAAAUGUCCGGAGGCCUUUACUAAAUCUUACGGGGGCCUUGCUUGAUGCUUGAAGCCUGAUGGUGGUGGUUCAGGUGGACCACAGAGCUGCUUGCAAUUCCCCGGCUCCGGGAAGAGUUUGUAACUGCUGCUUUUUUCCGUGGGUACGUGACCCUCCUGGACCUUUCCUUGCAUGUUAAACUGUCUUCUUUCCCGAAUACUAUACUGCUGCUCACCUUCCUGGCUAUUCGAUGAGGGAUUAAGCAGCAUUUGGAGCGAGAGGCAUCUCGUUUCCUGGGACCUCGUCAUUUCCACCUGACCUGGACUGUCAGCGGUCCCCUUGUCUCUCGGUGGCUCUCGCCCACGUACGAAGAACUGAACAUUUUCGUGUCCCCCUAGGACUCCCUAGACGUCCUGGGCCCUCUUACCACCCUUUGGUGCAGUUUAUAGAAUCUGUAGGACUUAUGCCGCAUGCACAUAAAUGAUCCGGAAAAAUGCUUCUUUUUACAAACCCCCGCUUCAUCCCCCCUUUCAGCGUAAGUAACAGUGAAGGUGUUUUUUACUGUGUUCCGUGGCACAUGCAUUUCCAAGCUCGAUUCCUGUUUCUCUUAAGGUGUUCUGGGUCCUUCAGCCGAUGGCUUUGCAGAUCCAUUUUUUCCAGCUUCCCGCCGGGGACCUCUGGUCCUUUGUUUUCCUGAUUUCUCGCCGUUUUCUCCACUUUCUCACACUUUGCCCUCUCCUGGCUCCUGGGUCCCCAGGGGAGCUCGAGUUUCGAGGGGAGGAGGCGGCGUCACAUCUCUCAUUAUGUGAUCCCAAGCCAAAGGAAACGCAGAGACUUCGACUGAUUCUUUCUUCCCUCCUCUUCUCUCUUCCCUGACCUUCUCCUCCUCCUCCUCCCUCUUCCCCAUCCCUCUUUUUUUUUUUUGAAGUAAGCACUGAAACACUUUUAGUUCAGCAACUUGUUGACUUAUUUAUGUAUUUUUGUUUGUAAAUGCUCUAGUCUUCUGGUGACCUCGACAGAUGAGUACAGGUCCCGUUUUGGCUGUGAACGUGGCUUCCGUCGCUCCUCCCGGAACGGCCACUGGUGAGGGGCACCCGGCACCCAAAGCUCUAGGCCGGUGAUUAGUCCGUGGCUCCCUUCCCUGUCCGCUCUACAGCGUGCAGGCCUCCGGGCGGGAUGGAGUCGAGGAUCCGGGCGGACCUGGGCUUUUGGAGCAGCCGGGACGGCUGCCGGCCGAAGCGUUGGUGGCCCUUGGUGCGGUCUCACCUGUCGGGCAUUAGAAACAUUGAGAUAGCAGCCUGUCGGGCUGCCCGCGGACCCUCUUCGGAACUCCCACCGGAAUCUGGCGAGUUGGGGCAACGUAGACAGCCCAGCACAGUCGUUCGGGGCAAAAGGCAACUCGGCCACCCGGAUUCCCAAGGGGACUGCCCACUCUCCCCUCAGUAAGGCAGUGAGUGGCCCAGGCAGGCUUGGCUUCGGUCUCUAAUCCGGCCAACGGCUCGCCACCCCCCUCCAUUUCGCCAUUUAAAAACGAUCAGGGUCAGGCGAGAAUUGCGGGUUGGCCCGUGAGCUUUUAUUUUCACCCUGGGAAAGGCUUGUGGAAUGAAGAGCUGGGUCUGCUACAAUUUAAAGCCUUGGUUACAGGUGCUCUUAAUCUGGAGGGUGACAGGCUUCUGUCCUCCCCUCCCCCCCCCCCCGGCAAUAAAUCCUCUCGGACUAUGCCAUUCCUACCCACUCCUCCGCUCUCCCUCUCAUGAAUGGUGCUGCAUGAAAUAUUUAUGGUACAGUUCAGUAGUCUUUCCAAAAGAAGGGGGCUGCAGCAGCUGGAAUGAAAGAGCGUUGGAGUUACUCUAUGGCCGUUUUACACCUCCUUAGAGUGGGGCCUAUUUGUUUUUGCUCCUUAUCUCCCGCUCCUCAUUUUUUACAUAGCACAAAACUGUAGCGUGGGCUCUGUGUUUAUUUGUGCGAAGAAGACCGGCCGUGGAGCGGUAGGAAUUUCGCUUCUUGGGGGAGCUAUCAGCUGGAACUGGAGAAUAGAGAUAUUGGCCCGGAGCUUUUUAUCCUUUAUUUCUUCAGUGGAUAUUUCUAGAGUGAAGCUGAACACUAUCAUUGCUGUAAUUGCUGUGAGUUAACUUAUGGAUAUUUCUAGGCCGUUAGUCUUUUCUGCUUUUAUUUACGUGGCGGAGUGAUUGUUUUUCGUGUUACCCUCGAAUAGGGCUCCUUGCGGGGGCACUGGAGAAAUAAAGUAGCGACGGAGUAUUACUGAGUGUAAGGUUUGUUUUUUCCAAGGUUUUCCCUUUCUAACCCAUCCCGUAGCCUAAGCCUCUGAAUUUCGAUAAGGCCUUUGACCCGAGAAAACAACCUGAUUCCACCCUCGGCCGGCAGGAAUGCUGUGAAGUUGGCACAGCUCCCGCUUGCUGAAUAGAAACAUUGAGUGUUUUGCGGGCCGAGGACCUAAGGCUAACUGGUGGCUUCCUUCAUUCACAAUUUUCGGUCCUUGGAGUAAGGAUCCCUCAUUCAUUUUGCAGCAGUGUGGCCUGGCCCGAAGCCUGCUCCAGGGUGGCCUUGCCUUUUUUUCCCCCUCCUUCCCUCCGUCUCUGACCUUCCCCCCACCCCCUCAGCCACCUUCCCUCCUUGUAAAAGCCACACAUCUGGCCAUUUUUCAAAAGCUUGCGAAUGCACCGCUUCUAUUGCGUUGUACUUGGUGAUAAAUCACUCUUCCAACAAAAGGAAAUCUUUGUCCAUUUCUUGCCCAGAGACUCUCUUAAUUAGCUGGGGAAGCGUGAUGGAGAGAGAAACUGAGAGAAUUGGAAAAAGAUGACCGUACGUGGUCCGAGACUCUGCUCUGUUCCUUUGUAUGUAAUGCCGUGUGAGUAAAGGCCAGGUAUUUAAUGCCGUGUAUGUAAUCCCGGGUAUUUAGUGCCGUGUCUGUCACGCCGUGUAUUGGGAUGAGGACCCGUGUUGAAUUAUUUUCCAAGUACAGUAAAUGCUUUCUAUCCGUUGACCUUUCUAGUCACCUUACCCGGAGACUCUUCCGUUCCACUUCUGGUCGCGACGUAGGUCUUGGCUUAAUGCGUUGAAAAAAAGCCUCGUCUGUUUUCCAGGUUGGGGAUGGGGACGCGGGGGAGGAUGGGCAGGCUGAGCCUCUCUCAGUAAGACGCAUACGCGCACACAAAAAAAACCCAAACCACACACACAGCCUUCUCCAGCCGCAUCAGCGGCCGCUGUGAGUGCCGAGCUCUGUCGUCGUCCACCCGAGCGGAUCCGACCCACAGAGGCGAGGCACGGCGACGCGCAACGGAGGGGCGUGGGUUCUCUGCCGGGGAGCGGCUACGGGACCCGGGCUUCAGCUGAGGACGUCGUGGACCCCCAGGCCGGAAUCGUCCACCCCCCCUGUGAACUGGUUGGUUGGGGGGAUCUUCAAGGUUUGCUUUCAGUGUUUAAUGUCUCCGUCUUUGAGUGUUGUCCCCGAUUUAAAAGACGUCUCUUCGACGUGUGAAUGUGACAUCCCCAACCUGGGUGCUUCUUGCUGGCCCCCUGAGUUCAAAGCGCUCGCAUUUGGGUUGCCUUUCAGUAAUAAAUUUCAAGAGUGCGUUGUG